GGCUGACCUUGUUCUCACUCCCAUGGUAGAUGCCACAAUAAAGAAGCUGAUUUCGGCCAUUGCCGAUCAAAUCAACCUUGUUGUGAGCUGGAAGGAGGAGCUUAGAAGGCUCAAGAACAGACUAAUCAUGAUCCAAGCUUUGUUGCAAGAUGCAGGAGAAAGGCAGGUCACACAACCCGCUGUCAAGCUGUGGCUGGAGAGGCUGAGAGAUGCGGCUAGUGAUGCUGACGACGUGCUGGACGAGGUUGCCUAUGAAAAUUUGAAGCGCAAAAUAGAAAUUCAAAACCAUAUGAAGAGAAAGGUGUGUUACUUCUUUUCCCUCUCCAAUCCUUUUAUAUCUCGGAUGAAGAUGGCUAAGAAGAUUGAAAAAAUUGUUGCUUCUGUGGAUGAUAUUAACAAGGAGGCGCAAGGGUUUGGACUUCAAACCAUACCUGUUGUCCUGGAUCUAGAACAUAGAAGAAGAAACCUACAAACUCACUCUUUUUGUGAUGUGUCACAAGUUGUAGGGAGGGAUGGUGAUGUCUCCAGAAUAGUGGAGUUGCUAACAGACUCUACUAAUCAACUACCCCUUUGGGUCUUAUCUAUUGUAGGUAUGGGGGGUCUUGGUAAAACCACUUUAGCACAAUCUGUGCGCAACAAUGAGCAUAUCAAAAAAGAUUUUGCUAAAAUAAUAUGGGUUUGUGUGUCUGAAAACUUUGAUGUGGAGAGAAUUUUAAAAGAGAUAUUAGAGUCUGUGACUGGACGUGCUUGUGGAAAUAUUAUAAAUGUGGAUACUGUUAUUCAAAACAUACAAAAUGAGUUGGCCGGAAAAAACUAUCUUCUCAUAUUAGAUGAUGUGUGGGACUUGGAAAGCCAAAAGUGGGAAGAAUUAAGGAGGAGUUUGCUAGGAAUGGGUAAAAAUUCAAGAAGUCGGAUUGUUGUGACUACUAGAGAAGAAAGGGUAGCAUCAAUUGCUAACCACAAGCAUCAUCUCAAGGAGCUAGAGGAUGAUGAAUGUUUGUCUAUAAUCAAGCAAAGGGCAUUUGGGGACUCUCCAAUACCUUCACAUUUGGGCUUGGAAGUAAUUGCAAACGAGAUUGCUAAAAAAUGUAGAGGUGUGCCUUUAGUUGCAAAUGUUAUUGGGGGAACUUUGCAGAAUAACAUGAGUAAAGAUUAUUGGUUGUCAAUUAAAAACAUGAAUGCAUGGGAAUUACCAGAGGGGGAAUGUAGAAUCUUAUCUAUCUUACGAUUAAGUUUUGAUAGAUUACCAGAAUCAGCUUUAAAACAAUGUUUUGCAUUCUGUUCAAUUUUUCCUAAGGAUUAUGUUAUGGAGAAAGAGAUACUAAUUGAACUUUGGAUGGCUGAAGGAAUUAUUCAGUCACCUGAAGGAAGUUGCAAGUCAAUGGAGGAUAUUGAAACUAAAAUAAAAGAGCUACCUAAAGCCAUUAGCAAGUUGUAUAAUUUGCAAGCAUUUAGAUUCAUGGAUUGCGAAUAUCUGAAAAUGCCUUUAAAAGGAAUUGGCUAUUUAAUCAACUUGAGGCAUAUUCGGUUCAGUGAUGUGGAGCGCAUGCCUGCAAACAUUGGGAGGCUAACUAGUCUUCAAACGUUGCCAUCCUUCUAUGUGGGAACAAGGAAGGGCUGUAAAAUUGAAGAAUUGGGCAGUUUAAGCAGACUCAAGGGAGGAUUGGAAAUCUUGAAUCUUGAGCUUGUUAAAGACAAAUCAGAAGCAGAGGGAGCAAAAUUAUAUGAGAAGGCAAUUGACGAGUUGAGAUUACUGUGGGAUAGUAGGAGGGAAUUAGAAUUAGAAAGCAAUCAUGACGAAGAAGUUUUGGAAGGCCUCCAACCUCACUCGAAUUUACAAAGAUUGGUAAUUGAUAAUUAUGGAGGUGAGAACUUGCCAUCGUGGAUGUUGAGUAGCAAUGAAUUGUUCUCGCCCAACAAUUUCAAUUUGGUGAAGCUGAGUAUUCGAAGUUGCAGAAAGUUAAAUGGCAUUCUAGUGAUCAGCGGGCUUUCAUCUCUUAAGCAGCUUACAAUUUGUUAUUGUAGUGAAUUAACUAGUGUUGUUGAUGGAGCAUUUGAAAAAUUUUCCCUUGAACAAAUAAAAAUAUUGGAUUGUCCUAAGUUGCAAAGUCUUAGAGCCACAUGCCUUCCCGGCUUGAAGGAAUUGUGUAUUGGUGGUUUCUUAAAAGAGCUAGAGCUGGAAGAAUCCCUGAAUUUCAAUUGCAUUCACCACAUCCACGCCUCCCUCGAAAAGUUGAGUUUGUUUGACUGGGAUAAACUAACUCAGCUUCCACAUCAAAUUCAACAUCUCACUGCUUUGAGGGAAUUGCAAAUUUGGGAAUUUAGGAAAUUGGAUGCUUUACCGGAGUGGCUAGGAAACUUAUCCUCUCUUGAGAGUCUCGAGAUUAUGAGUUGCCAGAAUUUGAAAUGUUUGCCUUCUGCAGAAGCCGUUCGUCGCCUCACCAAAUUGAAAAGGCUCAGAAUUAGAGAUUGCCCUGGGUUAAUGGAAAGUUGCGCCAAGGAAACCGGUGCUGAGUGGCCCAAAAUUUCUCACAUUCCAUACAUCUAUUUAUGGUGAGAGAUUAUCCAUUCCUAAGAAGAGGCAUGAAUUCUUCAAGUUCUUAAGUACCUGAGAUUGUCUGACGUACACUCCCCUUCGAGGACUUUUACUAGGAAAAUAGGAUAUGUCUUCAAUCUUCUGCUCCUCCUUUAUUUGUAACAUUGUAUUUCUCGGACUUAUGUUAUGCUUAGGAUACACUGUUAAUUUGUACCACGGUUUGUCAUAAUUUCUAUGAGAGAACUGCAAUGUAAAUGAUGAUUCGGCUAAGAUAUCUGUUGCAUGUGUUUGUAGAUAUGUUUAUGUUAGUGUAUGUUUUUAUGUCAUUGGCUGUAAAAGUUAGAGAUGCCUAAUAGAUCCUUAUCCGUUAA